AUGGGACAGCCAUCUUAUAGUAUUGAGGAAGUGUAUAAAGAAAUUGUUGCGAUCAAUGGCUAUUUUACUGAGAAUGAUAAUGGUCAAUUAACAGUUAAUAAUGCACACAAAUUAAUCGACGAUUAUUGUCAUUCCUGGUGUGUCUCAGAAAAUGGCGAAUGUCAUGAUUAUUUUCAAUUGGCUAGUUGUAGCGUUUUUUAUUUGCUAAAUAAUUUAAAGGACAAAUUUGAUUCAAAAUAUGAUAAACUUGCCGAAUACGCUAUUUUAUGGUUAAGUUAUAAACUAAAUCAAAAUAAAAAAUAUAGUACCAUCGAAUUAAAUGAUUUUUAUACUAAUUAUAUAGAAAAAAAUGAUAAUUAUAAUAAUAAAAUAAAUGAUGAUGAUGAUAAUAUGACUUAUAAGGAAAUUAUAAAUAAAAAUAAUGAUUUGAUGGAUAAUAAUGAAAUAUCUAAAUUUAAUGGUCCAUUUAGUAUAUUAUGUAUAUUGUAUAAUGAAAUUAACAAAACCAAUUGGAAUUGCAAUAAAUGUUCGAAAGAUGCUAAUGAAUUUGUUCAAAAAUAUAAAGAACUUAAUGAAAAUUCUAAUAUUAACGGAAAUCCUUCAUACAGCAAAUUAUUGUCUACAUUAUCAAAUGAUUAUGAUAAUUUAAAAAAAAAAUGUACUGAUUUUCCACCUCUUACAGAAUUAACCCCUAAAAAAAGUUCUACACAAAAUCCUGUAGUAAAUACUGUAGACAGUCCUGGAAAAGGUGCUGAAAAAGUAUUGGGGGAUACUCCUGAAGUUACAUCAUCAAGUUCGUCGAUAUUAAACACAGUAAUUCCAGGUUUAUCGAUAUUUGCAAUACCAGUUUUCUUGGGAGUUGCUUAUAAGGUAAAUAAUAAUGAAUUAAAAACUAUAAUAUUUAAAUUAUAUUUUUGUGAUCCCUUAUAUGCGUUUAUCAAAAAAUAUAUAAUAAUUUUCCCAUUUUUAUAUUAG